AUGAACUCAAACUUCAACUUACGAUUCUUAAUCACUUUGUUAAUUUCAUUUGAUUUGAUUUUAACUUCUCCAUUACCAGCAAAAAGCAGACAACAAAUCAUAAAAGAUGCAAAUAUAGAUCCAAAACAAAUCACUUUAGGUGCUAAAGUCUUUGAAUUGAUUAGCAAAAUCGAAGACAAAGAUGUCAUCACAAUUCCAAAAGAUGCUUUAGAAGUUAUAGAAAAAUUAUCAAAAGAUUCCAAUCUGUCUGAAAAUGAUAAGAAAGCUUUAAAAAAUUGUAGAGAUGCUGCUGCCAAGAAUAAUUCUGCUGCUAGGGAUAGAAAUGAUAAGAAUACCCCUGUUGGUCAAAUUUAUUUUGUAACGAAUAAAUUAACUUUACGUGCUUGUGGUGCUGCAUUGGGUGAAAAGAAAGAUCAAACAUUGAUUGCAGGAAUUGUUUCAAAUCUUAUGAUUAGAAUUGGUGAAGUCGAAGAAAAAGGAAGUCUUCCUAAGAUCCCUCCUGUCUCUUUAUGA